CUACCGGAGGGGUCAUCUUUCUAUGGAACGGGGGAGGUGGGGGGACCUCUUGAGAGGAGCAAGAAACGUAUCUUCACGUGGAACACGGACUGCUGGGGCUUCAACGGCAGCACGCCCUCGCUCUACAUGUCCCACCCAUGGGUCUUCUCCCUGCUGCCUGACGGCCGCUGCCUCGGCUUCCUGGCCGAUACCACCCGGCGCUGCGAGGUGGAUCUUAGAGCCGCGCCCCCCUUCGCUUCACAGCAUCUGCUCCCUUCCCACUCAUUCUCUUCGGCCCCACCGCCUCUCCCUCUCACCUUCUGCAACUGCUGGCCAAAGCCAUUGGCCCCCUCCCUCUCCCUGCGCGCUGGGUGCUGGGUUACCAGCAGUGCCUCUUCAGCUACGAGUCUGCUGCCAGGGUGGAAGAGGUGGCGAAGACUUUCCGAGAGAAGAAGAUCCCAUGUGACGUGA